CCGAGACUCUCGCCCUCUGAGGCUUUGAGAGCCAUUUUUGUUUCAUGGCAGGGAGCUCAGCAGCUCUCAUUUCAAUGCUCUCAUAAGGGACUCGGUUAAAGACACCUGAAGUCCUUAUGCAUACCAGCUGUGAAGGUGCACCAUGAAUUGUGAAGAGCAGGGCAUGGGGAGAGUAGUCCAUUCCUGGGCCAGAUUUGCCCCAGCUGGACAAACUGCCCUCGAAGAGGCCCUGAGGGUCUUUAACCCCAUGGCCAGGGACCUGUCGGACACCGAGAGACAAAUGGUGUCCUUUCUUCAAGAGCUGAGGAAGGAGGGAGCCAAGCCUGUGAUUUUGAGGAGCAAAGAUGUGUAUGGAUACACGUCUUGCACCACAGAGCCAAUUACUUCCAGGAUUGGCAGCAAGGUUCAGAGAGUGUCGAAACCUUCCAAGAAGAAAGGGCGGAAGGUUUUGAGCAAGACCAAGGAUGUGAAUUAUGCGAUGCUAAGUAGAGCAGCAAAGACUAUUCUCCAAAACCAACCCAAGAUCCUGCUUACCAAUCUCUCGGUGGACACUCUUAAGCAGAAUGUUGCAUCGACAAUGCUAAAUAAACAUUCUGUUCAAGCACAGCAGUGCCUCAAGCUAACAAACAUAAAGGGGUUGACCGGAGGCCACACUGCAAGGUUGCAAAUUCACUUUGGUGCAGAUUCAAAAAGUGCCCCAAGUUUUGCUCUGGGAAGGCCACCGGAUCUCUCGGGAAUUCCUCACUCACCAACCGAAAAUGGCAGUCAGACCUCAAAUGUAGUUGCCUUGGAUAACAAACAUGUUUUGUCGUGUCCGUUCAAAGUAGAAGAUGCCCUGAUUGGAGACUCUGCCCCAGUCGUCUGUCAGAAUGGGUUCGGUCUUAAAGAUGGUAGCAUUUAUAAAAAGAUGGAAACUGUAUCAGGUAAACCUGAUGUGAUGACCAGUGGUCUGGACAGUGGUUCAGUGAGGAGACUCCGUUUCCAAAGCUAUAACUGGUCCCAGUCAGCACUCACCAAUGGCCAAGACGUUUCUAGAUUUAAUGGCAAUGGUCUUGAAUGGAAGGUUAUAAAAGUAGAUGAUUCAGUCACGGAUGAGGAGGUGAGGAGAAAGGCACAGAAAAUCUUGCAAGUUAACUUGUCGCCUGUGAUACAGAUCCAUCCCCUUGUUGACUCUGUAUAGACCCUUGCUGCAGAUUUUUUGUUUCAUUUCCUUUUUUUUCCUUUUUUUUUUUUCUUGUUUCACAGAGUUGCAUUUUCUGGAAACAAACCCAAGGUUAUCUCUGGAUUGGGAGCAUUGCAGUUACCUCCAAAUUUUCCAUUGUUGUCAAGUAGUUACUGACAUCAUAAUCCAAAGAUGGGAUACUUUUUUCUGCUCUCACAGUAUUUUGUUUCCUCAACACAUCCCAACCUACCUUUUAUUUUGUGUAUUUUUAUCUAACUUCUGAAGGAUUGGACUGAUGAGCAAAACCUUAUUUAUGACUAUGCAGUUCCCAGAAUGCUCCUUUUGUUGGAAAAAUGGGCAUGGACUGCUGUCUUACUGGAUCAUGGGAACAGACUGAAAUUGUAGAGUGAUUUAUUACAUGCUACUGCUUGAAAAGACAAUGAUAGCCUAACCUAAUUUGGUAUUUAUGGCUUUCUUCGUCCUUGGAUCCUGCUGAUGUCUAUGUCACCCAGGUUUUUUGACAUCACCAGUUUUGUAAUAUGUUAGUCUGCUGGCAUAGACUGCAUAUGACACUUUUGUUUAGACUCUAACAUGUUCAAAUUGGGGGCACUUUUUACACAUUAAUUUAAUUUCAGGGCAAAAUAAAUGGCCUUAUUCUUUGAGAUGAGUUGAAUAUAACUGAAUCUUUGUACGCUUUCCUUCUCGAUGUACUUGUUUCUUUCUGCACUCCACUUUUCAUAAAUUCCUCUGUUUCUUUUAAUGUGCCAAUCCUAGUUUUUCAUGAUUUUACAGUUUUGUUGGUACCAUGACCACAAAGAAUUGCAAAAAAAAAAUUCUUAGUUUUCAGAGUUCUCAGAAUCCCGUCAAGCAGUGGACUUGCUUGUCCAUUGGUUGAACGUACCUCAAACACUUGAACAAGAAAAUGCUGUCCUCAUCAGUCCUGCAGUUAAUUAUGUAUAUUGCUCAUUCCAUGCAUCCGUUAGUUGUUCAGUCCUUGUUUUUGUUUAACGAUUUGUGGCGCCUUGACGUGGCAAUCUUGAUCGCCUUCUACACAUUUAACUAAAUUCUGAAAAUUACAAACUGAUCUUCAAAAGGGUGGUGUUGAUGCAGCGAUUUCUGAAGGAAGCAAAUUGGAAAAGAAAAACUUAAUUUAGGUUGUUUGCUAAAUCUCCCCAAGAUGUUUUACUAAGGUCAAUGUUCUGCCUCACCAGGUUCCAUUUGUUGAUGGUGAUACAUGUGCAUAGAGCAAUCAUUUUAAGGCACAACAGGAUGGAUGCUUGCUUUUUGUGCACAAGAGGUACACAUAUGUGAGAUUUAAGUAAGCGUUUAACAAGCCUUAAGGCCUUUGGUUCAUAAAUUUAAAACAAAAAAAUCAAACUAAUGUAGAUUAUGGCAAUGCAGCAGUCUAUUUAUCAUUUAAUUUUUUAUUUAUAUACAUUUAAGUUUAGAGUUAACCAGCAUAUGGGUUCCAUUUGAGAAAAAAAAACAAAAAAAAAAACUUUUGUCCACACACAAAAUACAAGCCGAUUUUGUUUUCCUGUUAAUCAAUUUUUAUUUUCAUCCAGUUGAAUCCGUGACACUCAAAAGCUGUAAAUGUCAGUGUUGUAUCUUUAGUUACUGUUAUCACGUUGUGGAUUAAAAUAUGUUUGAGAAGUG